AUGUCAGAAAAUCUAACAUUCUUCGUUCCAUAUCAUACUGGAUAUGCUCAUGCAGAAUUAAUACAAUCAUUUUCUUCAUAUACCGAUGUUCAUCUAUUUAUCUACAAAUGGAAUCCAGCUUAUGACUAUAUUAAAGAACAAUUUUCAAAUAUAAAACAAGUUCAUUGUCAUGAAUUUAGUAUUGAUAAUAUUCUAUCUGAAUUAAAUGAACAAAAACAUCGAAAAGUUGUUAUUCUUCUAACAGCAUCAACAAAUUAUUUAUUUGGACAAUUACAAUUACGUUUAUUUCGUACAAUUCAACAAUAUAAUCCAUCAAUAAUCGAUGUUUAUCCUAUUGGACAUUGUAUGUAUGGUUGUCAAAGUUGUGCCUAUGCAUAUACACAUUGUUUACCAAUAACAUUUACAAAUUAUAUGCAAACAAAAAAUGAAAAAUUAACAUUAGAAAAAGAUUAUGAUAUUCUUAUUUGUCCGAGUUAUUCAUUUGAAGGUGCACCAUUCAGUCUUUUAUCUAAUCAUGAUAUAAUUGAAUAUAUCGCCCAAUUAAAAUUUCCUCAUGCUAUUAAACUACAUCCAUUAGCAUAUGAAUCUGGCAAACAUCCAUUUUUAGCAUUAACUAAAUUAGAAAGUAAACAUGUUGAAGAAUUAUCUCAAACAUCAAAAAAUUUGAUUUCAAAUAAACAACUAAGUACAUUAAAAUUAAUUGAACAUGCUCGAAUUAUAAUAUGUGAUUCAAAUUCUUCGAUACCAUUCGAAACAUUAUAUUUUCAUGAUAAAAAAUAUAUAUUUGUUUAUGAAACAUUAAAUGAUUAUGAUGAACAAGAUGAUCGACAGAAUUAUUUUCAUAAAUUUCAGAAUGUUGAACAAUUAAAGAAUUUAAUCGACCAAUAUUAUAAUCAUCAACUUGAAUGUAAAACAGAAAAUAGUCAUGAAUUUUUUUUAGAAAAAUACAGUGAACCUGAUGGAAAGGAAAUUGAACAAUUAGCUGAAGUACGACAAUGGACAAAUAUAGAUGAACAAGAUAACAGUGAAGAAAAAUAUGAUAGAGAUACAAUAAAACAAGCAGUAAAUGAGGAAUUUAAAUCGAAUGUAACACCUAUGGCAUUGUAUGUAUUAGGUGAUCAUACAAUGUCUGAAAUAGUAGAAAUUUUUUUUAAUAAUCCUGAAAAUCAACUGUUUGAUGUUAUGCAAAGUAAUGUCCAUGAUCUUUAA